AUGACGAUAGCGGCCAACUUUCUCGUCAUCUGCGCCUUCUUUGCUGACCGACAGGCCCGAACCGCCUUCAACUACUACCUCUUCAACCUGGCUGUUGCAGAUUUCUUAACCGGGACCAUGGGCAUGACCAGCUACGCCGUGUUCACCUACUACAACUGCUGGCCCUGGAGUUACGCGCUCUGCACCGUCUGGAUGUACUUCGACUUCCUGAGCACCUCCGUCAUGAUGCUCACGCUGCAGACCAUCUCCGUGGACCGCUUAUGGGCCGUGACCUUUCCGGUUUCUUACAAACGGCACCAUACGUGUAUGAAAUCGCAGUUAGCUGUGUUGGGCAUUUGGGUGUUCAGUAAUGGUUUGAUCGUACCUUCGUUGACGUAUUACAGAGUGUAUUUUGGUAUUAACGAGGAUCCCCGCGAAUACUAUUGGGAUGCGUGGCUGCAGCCGUCGUACGCCAGCUGCUUUUACCAAUUAAUCUUUUUAUACUGGACGCCCGCUUUGAUGACCAUUGUAGCGUAUUGCGGGACAACGUGGCAGAUAUGGAGACGACGGGGUGCACGCCGCAUCAGCGCGACCGGUACGCUGCCCACGUGGAGAGAAGUGCAGCAAGCCAAGAAAGAGCAUCAGGGGUAUGUCCUGCUGUCACUGCUGAUGGCCGCGCUGAUCGUCAUGUUUGGGCCGUAUUUUGCUUACGAAGCACUGUCGAUGAGAACGGGAUACUACAAUUAUGAUUUUUUUACGGUGACGUACUGGAUGGGAUAUUCUCUCUCGGCGGUUAACCCGUUUCUAUUCAAUUGGGGCAGCCCGGAAAUGCACAAUGCGGUCAGCAAGUUAAUGGGAUGUCGCCGCAGGCGCGAAUCGCGUGGCGUCCAACCAUCGGUACCGGUGGACGAAAGAGCAGGAAAUUCGGCGUCUACUGGUGUUAAUCCAAGACGGUGA